AUGACGAUGGGUGACAUGAUAUCCGAAGAAAUAGAAGAUUUGAUGCAUUUUUCUGUCCACGAUUUACCAUGCCGUGGAUAUUCGGUCAUGGAGGAGAUCCGGCGACAGGGGAAACUCUGCGAUGUCACCCUUAAGGUGGGAGAGCACAAGUUCAGCGCCCACAGGAUCGUCCUUGCUGCUUCUAUUCCCUACUUCCAUGCCAUGUUCACUAAUGAUAUGGUGGAGUGCAAACAGGACGAGAUCGCCAUGCAAGGCAUGGAUCCCAGUGCUCUGGAAGCGCUUAUUAAUUUCGCCUAUAACGGACACAUAGCCAUAGACCAGCAGAACGUUCAGGCGCUCCUGAUCGGCGCUAGCUUCCUUCAGCUGCAGAAUGUCAAAGACGCCUGCUGCUCUUUCCUUCAGGAGAGGUUACACCCUAAAAACUGCCUGGGCGUGCGACAGUUUGCCGAGACCAUGAUGUGCACGACGCUGUACGAUGCUGCCAACAGCUUCGUUCACCAGCAUUUUGUGGAGGUUUCGGUGUCUGAGGAGUUCCUGAGCCUGCGGACUGACGAGGUGCUCGAGCUGGUGGGCUGUGACGAGCUCAACGUCAAGGCUGAGGAGCAGGUUUUUGAGGCAGUUCUGGCAUGGGUGAGGCAUCAGCGGGAGGAUCGGGAGUCCUGCCUGCCUGAGCUGCUUUCCAAGACCAGGUUGCCCCUGUGCAGACCUCAGUUUUUGGCUGACCGAGUCCAGCAGGAUGAGCUGGUGCGCUGCUGUCACAAAUGCAGGGAUCUAGUAGAUGAGGCAAAGGAUUAUCAUUUAAUGCCGGAGCGGCGGCCACACCUACCUGCCUAUAAGACCCGGCAACGAUGCUGCACGUCCAUUGCUGGGUUAAUCUAUGCUGUCGGAGGACUCAAUAGUGCAGGUGACUCGUUAAAUGUCGUAGAAGUAUUCGACCCAAUCGGUAACUGCUGGGAACGCUGUCAGCCAAUGAGCACGGCCCGCAGCCGAGUGGGCGUAGCUGUGGUGAACGGACUGCUUUACGCUAUCGGUGGCUAUGACGGCCAGUCACGGCUCAGCACUGUCGAGGUCUACAACCCAGAAACGGACACGUGGAGUAAAGUGGCCAGUAUGAACAGUCAGCGCAGUGCGAUGGGAACGGUUGUGGUGGACGGACACAUUUACGUAUGUGGUGGCUACGAUGGCAGGUCAUCACUCAAUUCAGUGGAGUGCUAUUCUCCAGAAACUGACAGAUGGACGGUAGUAACAGAGAUGAGUGCGAGUCGCAGUGCUGCGGGUGUGACGAUAUUUGAAGGGAGAAUAUAUGUUUCGGGUGGUCAUGAUGGUCUGCAGAUUUUCAAUACGGUUGAGUACUACAACCAGCACACGGCGCAGUGGCACCCAGUGCCUUCCAUGCUGAACAAGCGGUGCAGGCAUGGCGCAGCGGCCCUGGGCAGUCAGCUCUACGUGGUGGGCGGUUACGACGGCUCUGGCUUCCUGAGCGGCGCGGAGGUGUACAGCUCCUCAGCCGAGCAGUGGAGCCACCUGGUGUCUAUGAAUACCCGGCGCAGCCGAGUCUCACUGGUGGCCAACUGCGGUCACCUCUACGCCGUCGGAGGCUACGACGGCCAGUCCAACCUCAGCUCUGUGGAGAUGUACGACCCGGAGACCAAACGCUGGACGUUCAUGGCGCCCAUGGUGUGCCACGAAGGCGGGGUCGGGGUCGGGUGUAUACCCCUUCACCCGGCUUAG